CACCGCCAGCAGUGUACGGCCUCGCCCAGUGCCACGGAGACUUGAUUGAGGCCGAGUGCUUCCUCUGCUUUGCCGAGAGCCGGCUCUGGAAGCUCCCCUGCUUCCCCAACUUCGGCCGGCUCUACAUGGACGGCUGCUUCCUCCGUUACGAUGUUUAUGACUUCUACAACGAGACCGUUGAUCCGACGCACGACAUGCUCAAGUGUAGCUCCAAUUUGACAGUCCGGCGGAGAGAGUAGCCGAGCUCUCUGAUAGGGUGGACCGGGUCCUGAGGAAUGUCUCGGCAAGCGCACUGCGAAACAAGGGCUUUGCGGUGGCUGGGGAGGACGGAGUUGGAGGAGUCGCCGGGGUAUAUGCUUUGGCACAGUGUUGGAGCACGCUUGAUGCCGGCGGUUGCAGAGUCUGUUUGGAGAAUGCAACUUCGAUGGCGAGAAGCUGUGCACCUGGAGAAGAAGCGCGGGCCAUGAAUGCGGGAUGCUUCCUCCGUUACUCGACCACAAAGUUCUACAACGUCCCCGUUAGCGGAGGGUCAUCUAGGGUUCGCAUCACCAUAGCAAUAACUUCAUCGGCUGCUGCAACGACUUCGCUUGUUCUCAUCGGUGCAUACAUUGGAUACAAAAAGUACUCCAAGAAGAAACAAGUGCAAAAUAACCUCAUGCAAUUAUGAGCAAGCAAGAGCAAGUUUAGCUUAUAUUUCAAGUACAAGACACUGGAGAAGGCCACCAACUUCUUUGAUGACUUGAGGAAGUUGGGCCAAGGGGGUGGCGGUUCCGUGUACAAGGG